AUGACAUUCGAAUUCAUUGACAAUAAUAGCAAAAUUGAUCCGAGGACCAGGAAACGAAUUCGCAGUCUUGUUGCUACAGGGAAGAAUGCUGGCAAGACAGUUGUCCGUCCAUCCAGAAUCAAAGCCUUAAAAGAACAGUUGACACAUCCUGUUGCUUUUCCCAGCGCACAAAUACAUUCAGAGCUGACUCAGAGUGAAUCAUCGUCCGAGGAGACAGUCUUGCCAAUUGAGCGGCCAAUAGGGGAUGAUGUGUGCUAUUUCUUUACUUCGAGCCAACCAAACUUGGCUUCCAGAUCCCUUGCCAAGAGAGAUUGUCUCACUCAACAGUCAAGUCCUUCUAGAGACGCAAUUCACCACCUAUGUCAGACCUUCAGAUUGGUGAACAAGAAACUGUCCGACAAUGUUGUUCCGCUGUCCACGAUUGCCACUAUUUUGAUGUUAGCUCAAUACGAGCGUCAUCAAAGCCAACACUAUCAAGGGCUUAUACAUCUAAACGGGCUACUAAGGUUGAUAAAUGUACGAGGCGGUGUACUAGAGGUACAAAAAGAGAUGCCAAUAAUAAUGCAAAAAGCAUUCAGGGUUGACCUUGACUUCGCAUUAUAUAUGGGCACUGCAACUAUCUUCAACGUCAACCAUGUCCUUGCGAGCCGUGCGAUCAUUUUCGGUUCCGGAGUCUGCCCUCUCCAUCAUCUAAGAUGCACUGUGGACUCUUCUUUACUGGGAUUUUCAAUGAAUUUGAGUAUUGAUCUUCACAAUGCCCUCGUUGAAGCAAUGUCCCUUUCCAGGCAGCUCAAUGAUGCAGCUGAGACGAAAGCGCUGAAGGUCAAUCUCUAUUUUUUCAAUGCUAAUAUAAUUCUUCUUGGAUAUCAAGUGAUCUCAAUAAGCCCACUCAGUCAAUCAUACCAACUCAGUAGACUGGAAAACUCCAUUCAUCUGGGCCUUGCCAUGUUCGUUACAACAUUUAUGAAUAGGCUCGAUAGGAAGAUUCCAGAUAUGCCAUUCAUGUCCGAACUGCUUCGAGUGCUACUCACGUUCGACUUUCAAGUCCAUCUAUCGGUUCUAUUGUGGCUCCUAUUUCUUGGGAAUGCCACCAUACUUGGUCCUAAUGACCAAGAGUGGCUCGCACCAAUGGUAGCGACAACGGCUCAAAAACUCGGUCUUUACAGUUGGAACGGAGUCUCGAAAGCACUUGUCAAACUUCCCUGGGUCAAUUCUCUUUACAAUAGCUCAAGUCAAAGUCUCUGGCUAAAAGCAUCCACAUACUAUGAAUCACCCUUUGUCGAAAAAUCAUCGGCGUCUCCUAACUUACAUCUCGUGUAA